AUGGCGAGCUUUGUUGUUGCGAAUAUAAACCCACUGAACCAUUUCGGUGGAGUUAGUUUCGUCCCCGAUAGAGAUAUCCCGGAUUUAUCGGGAAAGGUCGUGCUGGUAACAGGCGGAAACGCCGGUCUGGGCAAAGAGUCGAUCCUACGACUAGCAAAACACAACCCGAAAAAGAUUUUCCUCGGCGCCCGGUCGGAGUCUAAAGCGACCGACGCCAUUGCCUCAAUUAAAUCAUCCGUUGAGAAUGUUGAGAUCAGCUGGAUUCCAUUGGACUUGACAUCCACUAAGUCGAUUCAAAAUGCAGCCGAGCAAUUCAACACCCAGUCGCAACGCCUGGACAUCCUAAUCCUCAACGCUGGUGUUAUGGCUCUACCCCCUGGAGAAACGGAAUUAGGCCACGAGAUUCAACUCGGCACUAACCACACCGGCCAUUUCCUCUUUACGCAGUUGUUAUUGCCUACGCUACUUCGCACUGCUGAAGAGCCUGACUCCGACGUCCGGGUUGUGUCACUCUCUUCGGUGGGCCAUCACCUUGCACCGUCCUUUGAGACAAUUUUGGACCAGGAAAAGCUUAAGAAAGUGAAUACCAAUACCAGGUAUGGAGCUUCAAAGGCUGCGAAUAUUCUUUUCGCUGCAGAGCUUGCCCGUCGUUAUCCCUCCAUCACGUCCGUGUCUGUCCACCCGGGUGUUAUUUUGACGGAUUUGUACAACUCAGUGAGUGGACGUUCGUUUUUCCAUGCGCUGGGGCCGAAGGCACUCGGUGUGAUUGGAACGUCAGUUCCCGGUGGAGCACGCAAUUCACUGUGGGCUGCUGCUGGCGCGAAGAAGGAAGACCUUGUAAAUGGGGCGUAUUAUGUGCCCGUUGGAAAUUUGAAGAAGAACAAUUGUUAUGCGAAGAGUGAAGACAUGGGCAAGCGUCUGUGGGAAUGGACUGAGAGUGAGCUCAAGAAAGCAAACAUUUGA